AUGGUACAAUACACGCUACUGUAUGGCGAUAACCGUGGGUUGGCCGAACCAGCCAGGAUGUUGUUCAGUUACGCAAAUGUCAAGUUUGAAGAUGAUCGUUCGGUGACUCCUGAGACCAUGGAGAAGAUUCGAGACCGUAAGAUUGAGCUCCUGAACAACAAAUAUAAAAAAUUAAAAUUUAUUUGAAAAAAUGAAAAUAUUAUGGAAUUUAGAAAAAAUUUAAAAGACAAUUUGUAGAACUUCCCUUUGGCCAAGUCCCAGUCCUGACAAUCGAUGGAAAGGUCAAACUUGCUCAAAGUAAGGCCAUCUUCCGUUUCCUAGGCAGAAAGUUUGGCCUGGCUGGCAAAGACGAGAUUGAGCAAGCUUUGGUCGAUAGCUAUGGAGACUUUAUUCAAGAUCUGAUAACUAACACUUGGGCUUACUUUUUGUGUGUCAUUGGUCGUCCCCUCAACCCAAAAGAUGACAAAGAAAAACUGGCCAAAGAAGCCCAAACCUACAUCGACACCAAGUGGAAGAAGUACUUUGAUAAGGUCGUCAAAGUGAGUUUUGCUUACAUUGAAGUUAAACUUCUAUUUUGAAUUGCUAAAAUAGUCACAAAAAGAGUUUUAAAAGAUUUAAAACUAUAUAUUUCGAUUUAUUUAAAAUUUAAAAUCAAAAUUAAUUUUAGGAAUCUGGCAGCGGCUUCAUGGCCAAGUCUGGAGUUACUUGGGUUGACUUUCUUCUGGCCAACUUCUAUGAAAACGCUGCCAAGUACGAUUUGAAGCCAUUUACUUCUCUUAAAAAUAUGAAAACUAUCUAUGACAACGUCAAAGCUCUUCCACAACUGAAGAAUUACUAUGCUACACGCAAAGAACCGAAACCUAACUAA